AUGAAAGAGUGGAGAAUUUUAGAAAAAAAUCUACCUGACUCCAUCUUUGUCAGGGUUUACGAAAAAAGAGUCGAUCUUUUACGAGCGGUGAUCAUUGGACCAACACGUACCCCUUACCAUGACGGUUUAUUCUUCUUUGAUAUUCAAGUCCCUUCCAAUUACCCUGCAUCACCACCAAAAGUUUACUAUCGUUCUUUCGGGCAUAGACUAAAUCCUAACUUAUAUUCAAAUGGUUAUGUUUGUUUAAGUCUUUUAAAUACUUGGGAUGGUCUUAUGAGCCAAAGAUGGAAUCCAUAUCAAUCAACUAUACUACAAGUUUUAGUAUCAAUUCAAGGUCUAGUUCUCAAUGCCAAACCCUAUUUCAAUGAACCUGGUUAUGGAAGUUACUCUAGUUCUGGUGCAUGGGAUAAGAGCAGAUCUUUGCGUUACAAUGAAGAUGUAUUUAUCAUGAGUUGUAAGUCAAUGGUAUCAAUUCUUAAUAGUCCACCGAAGUUCUUUGAGAAGUUUGUUAGUCAACAUUUCCGCAAUCGCGCUAUUACUAUUUUGGUUGCUUUCAAUGCUUAUAUUAAUGGCCAAGCUGAAAUUGGUGAUCAUAUCACUAUCACUGCUGCAACAAAGACUACGUCCUCAUACAUAUUUCAGGUAAAGGCCGGAUAUCUCUAUCCAAGGCUUGUGGAUGCGUUCGUAGAGAAUGGUUCCUGUUUUGAGAGUAUUAAGAGACUAGACACUAGUAAGAAUAUGCGUCGUCGUCAUAAAAUCUUCAAACUUGGGGUUGUGGCUUUUACAUUUCUCUUAUUUGGGAUUGUUUAUAUUCACCGGUAUGUUUUAUGA